AUUAUUUCAGUUCCGGUACUCUGUUUGGAAUGUAUAACCUCCACAGAAAAGCAGGAAAUACAGGUUUGCUGGGAAGACAUUUUUGGAGAAUCGAGAACAGCAAUGUAAAAAAUGCGUUGGAGAAGUGUUUUACGUGGACGAUCCUUCAACAGAAGAUAAACGUUCAUGAAAGGUACAACCAACUAAUACGAUCAGACUGGCAGAUGGCGUGUCCUUGUACUGAAUGGCAAGCGUGGUUAGACUGGGGUAGAUUCUCUUGGGACUGGUGGUAUUCGUGGCCCCAACUGUGCUAUGACUCCAGACGUUCCAAGUUUAUCCCAUAUUCCGAUUCUGCUACAGGAUUAAGAGGUUUUCGGUUACGACAACGAUGUUGUUACUCUACGCAGUGGGAAGACUGGGGAUCACUCAAGGAGGGACCUCCUGACGGUGGUCGCGUCCAAGUAAAGGCAGUUUAUAACUGGUUCAGUGAGGCGAAUGAGAUGGAAAAGGUUUACACGGACGAGGAGGCCUAUAAACACUGCUGCGUUGACACACCUUUGUGUGAUUUGUUUUAUUUCUAUCGUCCGUCUGAUAGCUGCUCACUUUACAGACCUCCACGAAGGCGUUGGUUCUGGGGUGAUCCUCACUUCAAGACUCUGGAUGGUGGGAAUUACACGUUCAAUGGACUUGAGGAAUACGUCAUGAUUGAUGCACAAAAUGGAGCAUUCCAGCUACAGGCCAGAACAAAAGCUGCGCAAGGAAAUCUAACAACCGCCACUAUUUUCUCAGCCGGCGCAGCUAAAGAAGAAAAUACGAGCACCAUCGAAGUCCGAGUGAAGGAAGGCGGUGGAAUCGAUAUUCUGAUAGACCAAGUAAACUACGAAGACUACGACAAGCUGACAAACCAAAGUGUAGAAGUUGGUAGAAACCUUUCUGUCUCAAAAUCGGAAGAAAACUGUUUGCAGGUUUCUUUCCCGUCAACAAUGUCGGUGAAUUUCUGUGAGAAAAAGGAGAUGCUGUCGUUCGUCGUAACUCCAGCAGACGUUUACAAGAAUACCACCAAAGGCUUGCUGGGAACGUGGAACGAUGACCCGGAUGACGACUUUACAUUGCCUAAUGGAUCAGUUUUGCCAUCAUCGUUAUCUUUAAAGGAGAUUCAUUUCAAGUUUGGUGUAAAAUGGCAAAUCAACCAAUCCCAGUCACUCUUCACCUAUGCUCAAAAUGAAAGCGUGGAUACCUUUAAAAACACUGAUUUCGUUCCCAUGUUUGCGGAUAACAUCACAUGGCAUAACGACAGUUUAAGAGAAAAAGCUGAAGGAGAAUGUGGUGAAGAUCGCGAAUGCCUGUUUGACGCGGCCUCUACGAAUGACCUGUCUGUUGGCAUGGUAACGAAGGGCAUAAACGUUCAGUUGGUUAACGAAUCGAACAAACUGGACAACUUCCCACCCAAGAUAUUAACCGAAUCAAAUGUGAUAAAUGCCACACUUCAUGAAACAGUUGAGUUGAAUAUCACUGCUGUGGAUAGCGAUACAAUAACAUUUCGAGUGAUUAACGAGCCUGCUGGAGCCACAGUGAGCCAAAUUGGAAACGAGUUGUACUUUACAUGGAAUGUUACCUCGUCACAAAAGUUCAAUCUAUCAUUCGUUGCUACUGAUGACAAAGGCGCAAGUGCCACCUGGAGUCCAACAAUUAACAUGUGCGCCUGCAACCACGGCGGUCAGUGUGUGCAACCAGAAGAAGGUGACAAUGUCAACACUGACAGCAAGUUUGUAUACAUGGGUUGCGCAUGUCAAGGGGGAUACACAGGAAGAUUCUGUGACAGUGACAUUGACGCCUGCGAGAGUAAUGGUCAGCCGUGCUAUACAGGAGUUGAGUGCAUUGAUCUUCCACCGCCAGCCAAUGCCAGUGGGUAUAAAUGUGGACCCUGUCCAUCAGGAUAUACUGGAAAUGGCGCUCACUGUGUAGACUUUGACGAGUGUCAAAAUAAUUUGUCGAACAGCUGUGAACAACUUUGUGUAAAUCUGCCAGCUUCUUUCUUCUGUGAUUGUCGCGACGGAUACACACUGAAUGCUGAUGGCCGCAGCUGUGAUGAUAUUAAUGAAUGCGAACCUUCAAAUGACUGCAUGCAGAAGUGCACCAACAGUAUAGGAAGCUACAAUUGUUCAUGUAACGAGUUCUUCAAACCUGAUCCUACUGAUUGGAGAAAGUGUUCAGGUAAGUUUUUUUGGUUUGUUUUUUCCUCGUCGGAGAGUGAUCUAUAAUCUCUACAUCAAACG